GAUGAACAGUGAGUUCAAAAGUAGCAAAAUAUUUAAAGCUAUUAAGGAUUUUAACUCUGGCACACCUAAUUUAAUAACUGAAUAUAUAUAUGAUGGUGAAGAUCCUUGCUUGAAAAAUGAAUACGGAGAUACGUUCUUACAUUCCUUAUGUGAUGUCGAAAUAACUGAAGAUAAUCUUGGCGAAGUUGUGUCGUGUAUUUACCGAUUGAUAUAUGCAGGAUGUGAUUUAAAUUGCAGAGAUGCAGACGGAAACACCGUUGUUCAUGUUGCGGUAAUGAACGAAGUUCAUCCACGUAUAACUCACGCUCUACUAAGAUGCGGAGUAGAUCCAUUUUCCAUUCACGAAGAGAGUAGAAACGUUAAGAAUAUUGCAAAUGGACGAACGAAAAAGGUGCUUAAGCAAUUUCAUCCUGGUAUUUGGAAAGCGGUUUCUAAAGAGAAUGCUGAUAAAGUAACGGAACUGGUAUCCUAUUGGUCAAACUUGAAUAUUGUUCACGACGACGUUUCACUACUUGAGUUGGCCGAACAAAUUGGCAAUCCAAAAAUAAUUCACAUUCUCAGUAGAUCAAAACAUAGUAAUGAGUUUAUAUUCGCUGCCCUGGCAAAUGAUGUUAGGAGAAUGAGAGAAUUGUAUAAACACUAUAAACCUGAUUUAAAUCCGAAGGAUAUCAGUUCGAUCGGUGAAAGUGAUAUUCGGGAGAGACCUUUAUUAUAUGAAUUAGUAUUUUUAGGAAACUACGAAGCAGCUAAAUUCUUAAUUAAAAGAGGAGCAGAUUUAUGUAUAGAAGUUACGACUCCUGAUUGGACGAAAUUACCACUUUUUGCCUAUAUUCUUCAUCAGUCUGAAAAUUUGCCAUCAAACUUUUUAAGAAGUGUUCUUGAGAAUAUAGAUUUCUCUAAAACUUCAUUGACAACCAGCGAUAUUCUCUACGAAUGUUGGAAAUCUAAUAUGGACCCUGAAGUAGCUUCUAUACUUCUCGAAGACGAUCGUUGUUUAGCUCAUAGAGAUGAAUUAGGAUAUACAGUUCGUGAGCGAAUUUUCCUAGAAAUUCAUAAUCAAGAACGAGAAAUAAUUGAAAAGAAUUUACAAUUUAUUGACCGCCAUAUCUGUAAGAUGGCGAAAAAUGGCGAAUUAGAAAAAUUUCAAGGUAUGGCUUUAGAUGGAUAUGAGCAUUUUUCAAUUAAACAUGAGAAUGGUAAAUCUCUUAUGAGUAUUGCUAAGAAGUAUGAACGAGAUGGCGUGCUGAAAUUUCUAAUGGAUUUCCCCGAUUUUUGGAGAAAAUCCAAUAAAUUGCAUAAAGCGAUCGUUAGUGGAGAUAUAAAAGCUGUUAAAGAAUUAUCAGACGAAGAUACAAAUUUUCGAACUGCACUACACUACGCCCAAGCUUUGAAAGGUGGUGAGAAUAUAAUCAACGAAUUGCUUAAUCGCGAUUGUGACGAAAUGGAAAUGGAUAUUAAUGGAUUAAAACCGGAUCAUUAUACUACUCAUCACUUUGAUUCCUUUAUUGAAACUGAGAAAGAAACCAAAUACGGAUUAGAAACAAAUCUGAUCUAUACAUAUCGGCUGUUGAGAGAGGCUAUUGAAUCGGAUUGUUUACAAGAUGUACAAGAAAUAAUCGAUAAACAAUUCGAUUUCGAAUUGAAUGAAAUCCACGUCUAUCUGGAUGACAAAGGGGGUUCUACUUAUACAAAUCUCCUAGAGUUAUGCGUUGAAUAUAACAGAGACGCGAUAGGAGAGUUUUUAAUAAACAAUCAACUUGAUAUUUAUGUUCCAUAUAGAUCUGGCGCUAAAUCAGAAGUUGUUCCUUUGUUAUCCAAGUGUAAGGAGAAGAGUUUAGUGGCUAUGGAAGUGGCUAUAUUAAAAAAACUAGGUAAAUAUAAUGAACCUAAAGCGGAACCUGUUGCGGAUACUAAUGAAGAAUCUCCAAAAAAAGAACCUAAAGCCCAAACGUCAACCUCUCAGUCUAGACCUAGUAGCCGCAAUUCUCUUGAAUCGGGGCCAAGCGACGAAUUGGAAAGAUUACGACAAACUCCAGACUCAUCAAUUAAGCCUACAAUUAAUCAUCAGCCGCAACAGAAAAUCGAAGAAGAUAAAAAUGAAAAAACAGAUAAAGAGCAUGAAAAUGAAAAGAAUUGUCAAACGCCUCCCCGUAGCUCAUCGUGUAUUUUGCUAUAG